AUGACCUCAAAUUUAACAACUCCCGAUUUGGUACUUUUGUACAAGUAUGUCGAUGAGACUCCGACUGCUAUCAAUAUUGCCGUCCCGAUAAUUUCAAUUGUGUUUUUCUUUGCAUCUGUUGUUAUAACCUAUUUCAUUGAUGACCCUGGUAUUAAAACCUUGAAAAAUGCUUCACCAGAACCAAUAUCCGAACCCGAUAGAAAUCAUCUUAGGUAUUUAGCAGAGCGCAAGCUUUAUGUUGACAUGAAGGGUCACACAUUUUCAGCGUUCACGCCUUCACGGACAACUACAGAGUCCGAUACUCACGCUGGCCACUCGACUAGCGUGGAUGGUGGACGACGCAGAGCAUGCUCUGAAUCUCAUGCUCCUAGUUUUCCUGAAAUGAAUUCGGAAACACAAGUUUGUUAUGAAAUUGAGAUUUAUUUUUAG